UCCUCCAACCGCAUGCCAGCCAUCGUGCCUUUUCCGCAUUUUUUUCGAAUCGGACAAGAGAGCGGCACGUCGCGGUGCACCGCUAUCAGUUCGUUAUCUAUUCGCGGAAGUCGAUGAUUUAGAAAACUCCGAAAAGGCACUCCGUUAGUCAUUGUAUCUGUGUGUACACGCGUGAGUACGUGCCCGCGUUCUUUAUCGGGGAUGCGCGCGUGUGUGCGUGUGACAGAUGCCGUGAUGGUGUCGACGGUGUGGGCGUAUAUGUGAUACACAUGUAUAGCGUGUAGUAUUUUGUGUUUCACCGAGUCCGGAUUACCGGCACGCGCGUUACCGCGCGUUCGACCUGUCCACCCAAAUUCGCCCUUUUCCCUUCAAUCGCGCCGUUCUCGGUCUCCUCGUCACGGUCAUUUUCUCCCACCGUUUGACAGAUCUACGCAUCUUCAGUAAUAUCGCGAUAUUAAACCGCCGCAACCGUUCAAUCAAUUGAUAAUUCCUUUUAACGAUGGAGGACUCGACAGAGGCACAGAAGUGGCAGCAACAUCUGUCCCUGCUGCGAGAGCAGUACGUUAACUUGUUCAAUACGAACACGGAGCUUCAGAAGGAGUACGCAAUCCUCACAGCUGAAAAACAGGAGGGUGGAUUUGUCAGCAGGCUUCUGGCAACAGUAGCAUCUCUGUAUUGUCAACAUCGUUACAGUGACGUAAGCAUAAAACUGAUCGAUCAAGAGAUACCGGCGCAUAGAUUUGUACUGUCGUCCAGGACUGAUCACUUUAGUGAUUCGUCUCUCAUCGAAAAAACUGUUUUGGACUGGAGCAAUUUAGACAGUGCUGUUGCAUUGGUAUUGCUGAAAUGGAUUUACACCAGCAAAGUCUCUCAAGAAAAAUUGACGCUGGAUCUAAUGAGAGCAGCGGCAGGCUUUCAAUUAUCAGAACUGGUAGAUCAAUGCGAAAGAUACCUGAUUGGGACGGUGGGACUGAAGGAUUGCGUGGGACUAUAUGCAGCAGCUGAGGAAUUGGGCACUUUGAAGCUGAAAGAGCAUUGCAGUUCUUUAAUCUCAGCACAUUGGGAAGAUUUAACGGGCGAAGAUUUCAAAGAGAUGCCGGGUUCUCUGCUGUACAAGUUGUUGCAAACCAAAAGCAAGUAUCCCCUGCACGCGGCGGUACGUUUGAUGCGCGAGGACGUCGUGUUUCUGUACUUGGUGGAGAACAAUGCUGAGCUUCCAAAGACGGUCAAUGCUGUAGAUCAUAAGGGAGAAACAGCCCUAGAAGUUGCCCUGAAAACUCGCCAGCCGUCUCUGGCUCGCACUCUGGUCGAACACGGUGCAGACCUGAGCGCGAAGGAUGCAAGGGGUCUCUCUCUCCUUCACUCGGCUAUUCUGAAAGGCGAUUCUUACUCGUCCGAAUUCAUAAUCGAACAACUGGAGAACAGCGGCAACGUACAAAAAUUAUCCGAGCCCGUGAAAAUUAUCGAGCACGCGAAAAAUGCAGCUGACUUUAAGCAACUGGAGGGCUGUACCGCCUUACAUCUCGUAGCGAAACACAAUACGGAAAGCAUGCUGGCAGUUGGAUCGAGAUUGCUGCAGGCAGGGAUCGAUCCGAAUUUACAGGAUCGCAGAGGAUGGACUGCGCUUCACAGUUGCAUCGCGGAAGAAAACAAGAUACUGUUCGAUCUGUUGCUCGAGGCGAAAGGUAUAGAUUUGGACCAGACCACGAGCGAGGACGACACGCCGUUGUAUUUUGCGAUGAAGACGGAUCCGUUCAACGAAUACUUUGCAUCGAAGCUGUUAGCUAAGGGCGCUAUACCAAAUCCGAGCUACAGCACCACCGGCGACACGCUACUACACAUUUUGACGCGAGAGCGUAGAGAAGAAGCGGCAUUAUUCUUAGCGGAAUAUUGUCAGAGCAAUAUAACGAAAACUAACAACGAAGGCUUCACGAUACUACACGAGGCGUGCAAGGUCGGGCUGCGAGACUUGACUCGAGUUUUGUUGAAGAACGGAUUGCCAACUGACAUCGUCACCUCCUCUACCGGUGACGCGCCGAUCCAUUUCGCCAUUUCGAAUCAGUGCACCGACAUAGUCGUCGAGUUACUGAGCGCCCCGGCCUCUAAUUCGCAGCUGACCAUUAAAAACAACACGAACGAGACACCUCUGAGCUUGGCGAUAAAGGCGCCGUUUAAAAAGGGCAAGGACAUCGUACUAGCGCUGAUCAAAGCUGGAGCUGACGUCAACGAGUGCAACGAGGAGGGUCUGACGUUGCUGCAUCAGGCAAUACUGAAGGAGGAUUCCGCUACGGCGAUAUUUCUGCUAGAGAACGGUGCCGACAUGAAUGCAAAAACAGCCAACGAUGAAACGCCGCUGCAGUUAUGCGUGCAUUGUCGACUGGGCGAAGUGGUAGAGGCUCUUUGUAGACGAGGUGUGAACAUUUCAAUAGGGUGUCCCUUGUGGGACGCUCUAGAUUCCGAUCAGGAAGACACCGCGUCAAUUUUGGUCAAACAUGGGGCUGACACUGAUUGUUGGGGUCCGGGUCCCGAUGGCUGCCAGCAAACGCUGUUACAUAAGGCGAUUGACGACAACAAGGAGGAUAUCGCGCAGUUCCUAAUUAGAAGCGGAUGUGACUUGAACGCCCCGAGGCGACCUGGUCCGGACGGUGCAGGAGGAGAUGAGGCAAGAGAUGAAUGUACUCCGUUACAUUUGUGCUGCCAAUGGGGACUCGAGCAAGUGGUGCAAACGCUCAUCGAGCACGGCGCCGACGUAAAUGCUCGCGACGCGGAUGGGAAAACUCCCGUGCACGUGGCGAUACAGAAUCAACAUUCGCAGAUUAUUUCUCUGUUACUGUGUCACCCAAACAUCGAUUUAAGCAAGCGGGAUAAAAAGGGACUGACACCGUUCGCGACCGCCUUGACGGUUCGCAACAAUAAAGCUGCGCAGGCAAUAUUGGAGAGAUUACCAACGGCUGCCGAGCAGUACGACAAUAAAGGCAGGAACUUCUUGCACAUCGCCAUACAGAAGGGCGACAUGGAGAGCAUACUGUUUCUGCUGUCGAUACACGUAAACGUAAACUCGAGAAUACGUGACGUUACGCAAACGCCUGCUCUACAUCUCGCCGCUGUGUCUGGGAACGAGAUGCUAGUGCGAAUGUUACUUCUAGCAGGCGCCCUCAUCGACGACACGGACGCAAAUAGGAACACCGCGUUGCACGUGGCGGCUAAGGCGGGGCACGCGGCAAUCGUUUCCGCAUUGUUGCAAAACGGUAUUUAUUUCAACGCGGUGAACGCCGACGGUGAUAACGCGUUGCACGUAGCCGUGAGAGAGGGUCACGUAUCCGUGGUGCGAACAUUGCUGACCGAGUGCACGUUGGACGCGGAGGCUGUGAAUCUGAAGGGCCGCAAUCCCCUGCAUGAGCUGGCCAGAUGCGCGAAAGACAACGCUGCAACGAUAUGCGACCUAUUUCUAGAAUGCAUGUCACAAUAUCCAGUCAAUAAUGCAGACCUGGAUGGAAACACACCGUUGUUGAUCGCGUACAUGAAAGGCAACGGUAAUCUUUGUAGGACUCUAGUGAAAGCUGGAGCGUGUCUAGGCUCGAUGAACAAGGACGGAAUCACAAUCUUCAACUAUCAGGUAGCAACGAAACAGCUGUUGUACAGACUCUUGGACUCCCUAACGCAAGAGGCACCAUGGUCCGACAAGGAUUGCUGCUUGGAAUGUGGAACAAAGUUCUCCCUGACGAUGCGCAAGCAUCACUGCCGGCAUUGCGGACGAAUUUUGUGCAGCAAGUGUUCCGGUCAGGAUGUGCCGAUUUUGAAGUUCGGCCUGAACAAGCCGGUACGCGUGUGUAAUGUAUGCUUCGAUGUUCUGGUACUGAACGAAGAGAACUUCCGUAAUUAAAGGUUUAUAUACAUGAAAAUCGAUAAACUCAUUCCAAAGUUUUUUACGUAGAGAGAAAAGCGUAUAUGAACUGAACUGAAAGUCUAUGUGUAAUUGUAUACGUCAUUGAUAUCUUAUUGUAUACAUUGUUCAUGUUAAGAUUUGUUAAAACUAUCUCGUAGAGUUGAAAUACAGAUGAAGAGAGA